GAAAGAGUUCAAAAGGUUGAUCAAAAUUUGGACAAAGAGACUGCUACAAAGAAAAUGGAGAAAGACAAACUCUCGCAACCAAAAUUAAUGAAAGAUCAUGCACAUGGAGACAAAGAAGUUGUACACGAAAUACCAAAGAAAACAACUCAUGGGAAAGCUACAAUAAAUAGAGAAAGAAUUCAAAAGAUUGAUGGAAAAUUGGACAACCACGUUGCUACGAAGAAAACCGAGAGACCUAAGCUUUUGAAACCACAAGCUAAGGAAGUUUUUGCACAUGGAAACAAAGAAGUUUCACAAGGAGUAAUGAAAAAAAGAACUCAUGAGAAUCUCCUAGAGAACAAUAGAGACAAAAUUCAGAAGGUGGAAAAAACAGUUCAAAGGAAAUUACUUAUUCCUUCCAAAAAUAAGAAACCAGAGAAAUCUAAUCAAUCUUUGGACACAAUGAUGUCAAAAACUAAAUGCUCUAAAAAGGAAAAGAGGGUGCCAAAAUGCCCAUCAAUGUUGAUUGAUGAUUAUGUAGAACUUCACAAGUCAAAGGAAAUGGAUGCAACCAAGUCAAACAAUGGAGAAAAACCGGGCAGCUACGUUAUCCCUAGCUCUAGUCAAAAUCAGCCAAAAAAAGGAGCUCAACAAGAAAGUGUUCAAAACCGGGCAGAAGUCAGUGAAGAAGAGGCAAACACAAAUACAGGAAAAGAAAAAGGAACAUCCCAAAGAAAAACUCGUGGGAAAACUUUGUGCAAAAAGAUUCAUGCAAGAACUUUGGAAGAGCGAGUAGAAGUGACCUUUAAUGAGGAUGGUCAGCCAAUUGGUCCUUGUGAUAAAGUAGUAACUGACUUGAGCCUCUUCUUGGGAACAUUGGCUAGGAACUCGACAUUUUGUCCUCUACGUUACACCAAUUGGUCAGGAAUGCCAGGUGAUAAUAAAACCCGUUUCUGGAGAUAUACUAAUCGGAAGUUUAUCUUGCCGGGUGAAGCACGAGAUUAGGUUGAGACCACUGUUAGAGAUGCAUGGAGAAGAUAUAAGCACACUAUUAAGAAGAAUCAUUUUUUGAAAUACUCCAACAUGACUGAAAGAGUCAAAAACCGUCCGCCAAAGGUGCCCAUAGCUCAGUUUAAGAGUCUUUGUGA